AAAUUAAUAAAGCAAAAAAAAAACCAAUGGCGUGAAGGGAAGACCGGCGCGUGGUCAUGAGACGAGGGAGCAGAGUCCCCGGAUGGAGGAAUAAACAAGACGAGCGUGUCAGGAGACUCGGAGGCGCGUGACGACAAGCCUGAUGUGCACCUGCAUCCAAAAAAAAAAAAAAACAAGCGAAGACGCCCGUGUCGUCGUGUGCUUCCUUUCCCGGAGAAUAUGCGCACGCGCUCCUUCCCACUUCUUGCAGCGGUCAGAGAAAGUCGGCGAGUGAUUCAUGUGUAGCAUCGAACGCGCGCUCGACAAUUUAAUUCCCGGGAGCCAUUCAAGAAAGGGGACUCUCUCCGCCUCACUGGCUGGGAACAACGGCUUCUUCCUCCAAGCUCUUGAGUAAAGCCUAGAAGAAAGGACCAACGCCGAUAGCUUCUCACACGUCACUCGGAACCGACGACGACGACGAGCGAAGAAAAGCUGGCCGGAGCGACCGAGGCCAUGGGUAACAAGAACACCGGGCCGCCGAAAGGUCCCGACGAUACCGCAACUCACCAGGAGGAUGACAUAGGAAGUAUCUCCAGAUAUGGAGCGUCGAGCCUCAGCCCAGAGCUACUGGCCUCUCUACGGUCUCUUGGAGAAAACACUGACUACACACUACUGCCACACUCGCUCCACCAGAUCGCAGAAGCCUGCUCACUCCAAGAGGACUACCAGUUAGCCAUCCAGCUUCUCCAGCUAGAGAAGCUCUACCAUGAACGUGUGCUCUUCAACCUCACUGUCCUGCAGGAGAACUGGGAGAGCCGCUCCAAGGAGAAGGACGCCGAGAAGGGCUUGCCUGCUGAAACCGACAACAUCGGUCGGAAACACAUCGAGACGCUGAGGCACAUCUGCGGGACACACCUCAAGCCAUCCCUUGGUGAGAAUAUAACACGAAUAGACGUAGGAAGACAAAGCAAGAAAGAGACGCCCCAUCGGGGAAAAGAUCAUGAAGAGAUGGAAUUGGGCUAUCGUGCGUCUAAAGCAUGCAACCCUGAACCAGCAAAGGAAGAUGUAGAAGAAGCGGGAAGAAUGAAGUCCAAGUCGGGUCCUCCUAAGCAGCCUGAACAUGCGACCGGAUGCGACGAGGCCAACGAGGAAGUGAAGCAGGAAGAGGAGGAAGAGGAUGAGGUGAAGGUGGAGUGGCCAGCAGGAGUCCCGCAGGCGUCAGACACGGACCUGGCCAAACUUUGCCAUGUCGACGGGAGUCUGUCCCCUGAUGGUCUGGUCUCCAUUCUGAAGAGGAGGAGAGCAUCCCUGGAUGGACUGCCGCCCCCGAGCAACACAGACAACAAGAUGAACGCCAAACGCAAAGUCCGCUUCAGUGAACCGGAAGACGGCAUCGAUCCAGACGAGGUGGGCGGAGACUCCUGCUUGAUCCUGGUCCUGCUGUGUCUGAUUACCGUGGUGAUCAGCAUAGGCGGGACCGCGCUCUACUGCUCCUUGGUGGACACGUCGUCCAACAUUUGCACCGACUUCACUCGCAACGUCGACUUCUACGUGACGAACGUGCAGAGUUUCUUCCGAGGUUUUGGACAUUGGCUGCCUCAGGGGACAUAAGAGCCAUCAUGUGAAGUCCGAAGCAGUUUGGCUUUCAAGUCACAGGCAGAGGAACAUUUUGAGCUUGUAACGACUGGGAAUAUUGAGUUUCAAUCUUCAGAGAAAUGGCAAGUUGGGAAAUGUUUCGAGAGUAGUCUUUUGCUUGUGUGGAUCGUGUAUCCUAGACCAAAUCUUUACCUCAGAAGGGUUCUUGCAACUUUCACUUGAACGUCAUUAUUUCCCUCAUUUGUAUCAGUUUAGUCCUUUGUUCCAGUCACUCGUGUCUGUGUUUGUUCCAUGAUUGCAGCUAUAUUUUUUGGAUUGAUGUUUUGUGUUUUUUAAGAAAUUGCUCAUGCUUAUUUUAAAUCCAUUUUAUUGUUCUGUUUUUAUUCUUGAACACAGGGCUGCAUAUCUGCAUCAGGCAUAUUAGACAAACUUUCUCAGGAAGAAAGUGUUGUGAAAAAUA